AUGGCCAGAAUACUCGCCAAGGUCAAGAAGAUCUUCUCUCGGCCGAAGAACCUCGAGCCGGCGUCGAGCAACGCUUCUUCGGUCGACACCUCAUACGAUGCGGGCCACCGACCCUCGACCGCAACACCGUCAUACCACCAUGCCGCAGCGGUGCAACCACCAGCCUACCGCAGUCCCCCUCAGCUGCAGCCCCAUGCAACCAGCCCCUCGCCUCCUACGACGUUCCAACAGCAGGCCAGGCAGAUUGCCCAGUUCCAGGUUGGCGGCAUGAGGCGCACUAGAGGGGGGUCAUCCUACCUGCCCUCGUACGAGUCAACACAGACUUCGGGUGGUGUAUCAUCGUCGGGCUGGACACGACCUUCGUACGGGUCAGUGGACCAGACCACGAUGUCAUCCUACGGACACGACGGUGACACGGCGCUGGACACAACCGAGAAGAAGGACAUGCACGUACCCGGCCACCGCCAGCAUGCAAGGAGCACCUGGCAGGGCAAGCCGAACGGGACGGCUUACGACCGGAGGGAGGAGUUAACCGAAGAGGACGAGAGCAUGUGGGCCAGGUUGUCGAUGUGA